AGUGCCUUGCAGAUCCCGUCGUUGCUGCUGCUGCUGCUCUCGCUCCUCCGUUUGCUGCUCCUCAGCCGCCAUGGCCGUCUGGAGCGGGUCCGACUCGUGCAGCUCGGUCCGGCCCAGCUUGACCUCGGUCUCGUCGGGGGAGCUGCAGAGCCUCCGGACGUGCAACUGCGAGAUGGCUGUGCUGCCUCUGCAACAGCUAGCGCUGCUGCAGCCGGAGUCCUUCCAGCUGUCGGGGGGCGCCUUGACCGUGCGGACCCCGCCGAGUCGGCGGCUGGGAGGUGGCUUCACGGUGAUCAGCGACGGCUCAGUCCACGUGGACGGGCAGUACCACUGCAAGCUCACCGACUACUUCAAGAGAUACGUAGAACUCAACACCCACUAUGACUAUAAAAACUACAGAGAGACUAUACUGGGUCGCCCAUUGGUAUUCUUCUUCAACGUCAGAACAAAAUAUAAUUCUUCGAAAGAAAAAACAUACGCUUUGCUUGUGAACACCCGCCACCCGAAGAUGAGAAGGCAGAUUGAGAAUGGAAUGAACAACAUAAUAUCUUCUGUGAUUGGAGAAAGUUACAAACUUCAGUUUGAUUUCCAAGAUGUUGUAAAGAAUUUUUUUCCUCCUGGAGCCCAUUUGGUCAAUAAAGAGAGCCUGAGUUUUUCCUACGAGUUCAAAUGCGACGCCUUAUUUGACUUCUUUUAUUGGUUUGGGAUCAGCAAACGGACAGUUAUGGUGAAUGGGAAAGUUCUGAAUUUGUCCAGUACCAGUCCACAGAAGAAGGAGAUGAUAACAAAGUUUCUGGAUAAAAUGAGUGAACCAAACAUGCGGUCAAACAGCUUUUCAGACAGAAAGUUUAGUGUUACAUCCAGGGCUUCAGUAGAUGAUGUGUUUAAUGGCAACAUCACACCACAAUCACCUUGGAUGGAGUCACCUUUUGUAGUUUGGACAGUUCCAGGGGCUCAGGAAUCGGAAGAAGGAUCAAAUACAUUAAUCAGGUUUUCAUGAAGGAAGAAAUCCACCAAAGUGGAAUUACAGAAUGAAAGAAGUUAUUGAAAGGAAGACUUCUGUUUUCCUUUGCAUUUUGCCCAGAAGAAUAGGGAACUCUUGCAUUCCUGCUGUGUUUGUUGGUUCAGGAAAAGCCACUUCUGGUUCUUAAAAUAGUACUUGCCGAGUUCGUCUUUCAACAUUAUGAGCUUUCUGGAGGAUAGGGUUUUCUUGUUACUGCAGUCAGAAUGCAUAUAGCUAGAGUCAUUUCAGUGAUUUUAAAUCUAGAUUAUUCAAGUGGUUUUAAAUUACAAGUUUUUUAAAACGCCACUAAAAUCACGUGUACUAUGUUGCUUGCUUCAUUAUUGCUCCAGCGCUUAGCACUGUUUCCAGUGGAAAAAAUUAAUGGGAUACAGAACGGCUUUCGAGGCUAAUAAAAUGCAGCUACACUUCCUGCAGUUUUUUAAAAAAAUGGCUAAUGGUGACCUUAAAGAACUAGCAGAGGGAAUACUUGAACCCAAAAGCUUUUAGAUGAUGAUCAAAAGUCAGUGGGUGCCCAGAUUUGUAGUUCUGUUCUGGCUUGGAAAGAUGAAACACCCUAGAUAAAUGUGACUGCAAUUCGGAAUGCUUGAGAGACUAUUCUCAGCUCCAUUACACGUUUCCUAUAUCUCCCCAAGUCAAAAUAGCUUAUUUUGUGCUUCAUCUUCCGUAGGCCAAAAGGAAAGCUAAUCUACACCAUAAGCUGUUCAUUUCUUUUUCUUCCAAAGCACUUAAAGGAAUCCACUGGGAAAAUCUGGCACUAUGUUUUUUAAAUUACUUUUCCCCCCUUGCAUUCCCUCAAGUAAUGACCACGGAAGUCUCUGAAGUUCUGAUGCAGCCUCUGUAAAAUGCCAUAUUCCUUUGAUACUGCUAUCUUGUAUUAAAUGCUACAUGUUAACACUAGCAUGCCAAUCAUGGUAGGUUUUAAAGGUUGUGCUUUUUAAAAACGUUGCAUCAGUUCUGAAGAUAAAUGCAUUACCGGUUUUUUUUAAGUAACUUGUAAGAAAAUCGUCACACUUGGAGGCAGAUGGAAUGUGCAUUGCUUUCUACAUUAAAGCCUAGUUCAGUCAUUUUAACCUGUAGGAUAAUAUAUUUUCUACUCAAUCUUUAACUUGCCUUCAUAACAUACCUUAAGAAGAUGACAUAGCAACAGGGUUUUCUUCUCGGGAGCUUCUCCAGUUGCUGUAAAUGGAGCACAGCUGUUUUUAACUUUUCUCCAACCCCACUGUUGAUGGCAAAAGCCAUUUUACACAUACAGCGGAUCACUGUACAUCAGAGAAACAUGUAGGUUUUCAGCCUUAGCAAGCAGACAUUGGGCCACCAUGUCCACAUAAUUCUGUAUCAUGUGAAGACCGUAUCAACCACAUCUUCAAUUUCUCAUUUGGUUCUAUAUAUUCAACACCAUGUGGACGCGUUUACUGUCAAGGUGGCAUACGAUUGCCUGACUGAGAAUCUCCAGGUUUGCUCUUCACUUGUAUUUGAAGAUUUUACUGAUGUGGGAACGCAUAUUGUUCCUGAAGUUUUUUCCA